CGAUUUCCCUAGCGUAAAAAAUCGAGUUAUAUCGUGCUGGACCUGCGACGUAUUGCUCUCCAGUUUCGACGCACUUUCCAGUUGUAAAUAAUAGACUGAGUUUUAAUUUUUCCAGAUCACCUGCCAUACGCCUUCUUCAUUUAUACGCCACUGCCAAAAUGUCAGCGUCACCAAUUGCUCGCCAGGCCGCUCAACCCCAAGGUCAAGCCAUCCCAAGACGAAUUCUCAUCAAUGAUGCCAGUCAAUUACCACAUGAUUACUCCAGUACACCCAAUGGAACUCUGUAUUCAACCACUCCUGGAGGUACAAAGAUUAUCUAUGAUAGGAAUUUCUUGCUGCAAAUGCGCAAUUCCCCUGUUGCCAGGACUCCACCCAAAAACUUGCCUGUAAUUCCUGGUGUCACAUGCGAUAGUCCUCACAAAGAGAAGUCCAAGUUGAUCAAUGGGCAGAAAAAUGUUACUGUACAGCACAAACCUGUGGAGCUUCCAACUGUUGAAAUUGAAAAAGUUGAAGACAAGAAACAGGAAGAACCUCAAUUCGAAAUGGAUAUUUGAAUUUGUUUCAAGUACAAAUGCAAAUAAUCUGUAGACUUCAAUAUUCUUUGAACUUGGUCAGCAAACAAGUUCUAAAUCAAGAUAAAGUGAUGCAAUUUUUCUGCUUGUAAGAAGCAUUGAAUUUUUUUUUUCCCAGUUAACAUGGUUGAUUUUUAUGACAUUUCACUAGAACAUCAAAUCAGAGUGAAAAAGAAGUCAUGGUUUAUUUUCCCUUCUUGGUUCAAGGAGAAGUUUUUUUUUUUAUGUGGGGGAUUUGUUUUGUGCUUCAAAUAAAUUGAUGGAUACAGAACAAGUGUAAACGCGAAUACAGACAAGACAUACAUACA